UGGGAAACUUGUAAACCCUAAUCAAAUUAUCACUCAAUGCAACCAUUUCAUGUUCUAUCUCCUUCUCCAUUUCUUGUUCAAUUUGAGAGGUUUGAACACAAUCUUAGAGAUGGAAAGGAUCUCUGAGAAAAAAGAUUUGAACACAAUCGUUCAAUUUGAGAUAUCUUUCCAAAAAGAAAAAAAAUCGUUUACAAUUUGGAAAUUUCAGAAAAGGAUCUCUAAGAUGAAAGUUUUUGGAAUUUUUGGAAGAUUAAUCUCCAAGAUCUGGAAUUUUCCGGCCAGAUCCAAUUUUGGUGGUCGACGAACCAAGUCCGGCCCGCGCCAACAGCGUGAUGAUCACCGUUGCACCGCUCUCACCAGCCUCACCUCUAGCUUCAUGAAACCGCUUGCGCCAUUAAUGGCGCAGGGAGGCUCUGUUGCUCGAGCUAGAAGCCAACCUGAGGAGGGCAUGCACCGUUGCUGCUAAAAACUGGAGCCAACCUGCUACACUUCCGGAUCUCUACCUCCGUUAGAGUGUCGCCAGAAACUGUUCGAGGUCUGCUUCUCUACCUCCGUUAGAGUGAAGCCAGCUGCGCGAAUCGGCCAGGGGUUGCGACGAAGGACUCAACCCAGACCAGCGACGGGUUACCACUUGAGGCAGCAGGUCGUCCUCCUGACCAUUUCGGCCGAUGCCGCCGUGGUCAGCGUUGUCUCCGUCGACUUGACCACCAUCUAUAACCCAGCCAGAGAACAGAGUGACGAAGAUGAGCCUCCGAGAAUGACGAACUCUAAGCCCACAGCGCCCCAGGACGCAUCAGCAGCGGAGUGCCGAAGGUUGUGAAAUGAAUGACACGAUGGCUUUUCCUCCAAGACCUAGCUCCGGUCAAAACCCAGUGGGCCAAGGCUAAUAAUCCCAAGAAUGAUUCUCGCCAAUCAUAAUGGGCCUCAAAUUCAGCAACAUAUCCAAUGUUUAGCCCACUCCAAAAGCUAAGUACUUCAAAGUUCAAAUGGCUCUCUUUACACAUUUAAACAGUUAAAGUAUUAUUAAUAUUAUUACCGAGUAUUAUACUACCUCCAUUCCACUAUGUGUGGUGGGACAAAGAAGUAUGACACAACUUUUAAAAAAAAGUGAAAUUGUGUGGCUCUUUCCAACCAUGAGAGUAUGGAUUCCUUCUACUUUAAAAAAAUGAAUUUUUUAAAGUGAUUUUAGAGAUAGUAAUUAAUAGUAAAAGUUGGUAAUGUUUGAAAGUAAAGUGAUUCUAAAAAAGUAAAAGUUGACAAGUUAAUAGAAAACGUGUUUGAAGCACCUCUCAAUUUGCUUCCAGUUUUUAGCUUUUAAGUGAUUAAUUUAAGUAGAAGCUAUCGUUUAAAAGCACUAAUUUCAGCUAUUUUUAAGCCGAAAGUUGAAAAACACUUAUUUUAAUCUUUAGCAAACACUCCCUGUGUUUGGGACAAAGAAGUAUGACACAACUUUUAAGAAAAAAAGAAAUUGUGGGGUUGGUACUGAAUUGAUAAAGUGAAUAAAAAAAGAAUGAAUUGUAAUCACCCAAAUAUUACCAAAUAUGGUAUAAGACAACCUUAAUGGGACAGACGAAAAAGGUAAAAUGAGACAAAGUAGGGGGACAGAGGGAGCAACCGUUACUGUUAUUAUUAUCAUCGUCAUCGUUACUGACGGGUCAAAGUCCCCUGGCGUGGUGCGAGUCAAGCUCUUUGAAAUUAAUUUUUCAAAGUGUUUCAAAUUAAAGCAUAUAUUUUUAAAAUAGAAAUUACUUCAAAUAAGACUAAAACUAUGGCAAAAACUCAAAAUAGGACUUGCUAUGUUUUUUUUUCAAAAUAGGACCAUAGUGGUCCUAUUGGAAACAUACUCAUUUCUUCCUUCCAUUCUUACCCCUCCUUUAAAUAUUAGUAAAAGAUAGCUAAAAGUCAUAAUUAAAUGUUUAAUUCAUAAUAAAUUCGAAAAAAUUUCAAUAAUUCGUAGAAAAAUAAUAAAAAAAUUAAUAAAAUUUUUAUAAAAUAAAAAAUAAGAAUUUUUUUUUAUUUUUUUUAUUUUUUAAAAAAUUAAUAAAAAAAUAGUAAAACUCCAUAAAAAAAAUUAAAAAAAAUAUGGAUACGUUUCCCACCGCCUGUACUACCUCCCUGAACCACCACCUCCGAUCGGUGUAAAAAAUGCCACUUUUUUUUUAAAUUCCACAAAAAUGGCAUAUUUCUCUAUGAGAAUGCCAACAUUUUCAUUCUACCAACUUGAAUCCUUUUGACUUUUGCCAAUAAUAUGACAUUCAUAAUUUUUUUGGCAUUUUUUUACCCCGGUGACAGGAGGUGGUGGUACCGCCUCCCUGCACCACCACCUCCGACCGUUAAAAAAAAUGUCAUAUUUCCUACAAACUUCCAUUUUUUCAGAAAAUGCCAAAAAUAUGGCAUAUUUCUCUUUGAGAAUGCCAACAUUUUUUUUCUUCCAUCUUAAAUCAUUCUGAAUUAUGCCAAAAAUAUGGAAUUUAUAAUAAAUUUGACAUUUUUUCCCCAAAUGACUAGAGGUGGUGGUGCUGGGGCGGUGACAAAAAAAAUAUUUUUUUGAUUUUCUUUUAAUUUUUUUAAUUUUUUUUCUUUUUUAUUUUUUUUAAUUUUUUUUUUAAAUUUAUUAUUAUUCAGAAUAUUUUUAUUAAUUUUUUGGUAUAUUUUACGAAUUUUUAUUAUUUUUUAUUAUUUUAUUAUGAAUUAAAACAUUCCAAUAGGUAUAAGGGUAUAUUUGUCCAAGACAAACAUAAUUAGUCCUAUGGAAACAUAGUUUAUUUUUUGGUCCUAUUUGUGCAAAGUGAAUGACUUUUAGUCCUAUUUUGAUAAUUAACUCUUUUUUAAAACCCUAGAUCCAUUUUGGAAUUGUAAUAUGCUUCACUUUAGGUCAAUCAAAAUUAUAAUAGACAAUAUGAGAAGUUAUCGACGUUAUAAAAAAAGGCUAGUCAUGCUGGUCAAAGUAAAUUAUUUGAAAAGUAAACAUAAAAAUAAAUACUUACAAGUUACCAUGAAAAAAAUGAUUACAAAUUAUUUAAAGUACGUAGAUACAGAUAGAAAGUCUUUGCGUGCAUGAUGAUGAAAUGAAGGGGUUGCAUCAUUGGAUACAAAAGUUAUUAAUAGAUAAGUAGUUUUUUAUUGGGAAAGUUCCCAAAAUAGGACUAAAACAGUUUGAUAAUUCCAAAAUAGGACUGACAUGUUUUUAUUCCCAAAAUAGGAGUAAUUACUGUCAAGUUUGGAAAAUACUGUCAUGUUUGAAGUCUGGUACUGCCAAAACAUGACAGUAAUUAGUCCUAUUUUGGGAAUAAAAACAUGUCAGUCCUAUUUUGGAAUUUUCAAACCUUUUUAGUCCUAUUUCGGAUAAUAGGACUAUCAAAUUAAUCAUUGAUCUUUUGUCCAUUAUACCAAUUUAAGAGACGUCAUCAUAAUGCUCAACUUGACUGUCAUUGAAGGUUUCUAUUUAAAGGAUCUUUGUUGACAAAAAACGAAAAGUAGUGUCAUGUGAUAUAUCGUGACAUCGUUAUUGUUGAACUCUAGGAGAUUGCAUCUUGAUGAAUUAUACCAGUGUGUGUAAUCAGCAUAACCAUAGUGUACAUUACUUAUUAUUUUAUGACUUUUCAUUGUUCUGUAAAUAUUUCAUGAGAUAAGUAAAUUGAUUAUAAAAAAGCUCGUCAUACUCGUCAAAGUAAAUUGAAGAGUAGUUAAGAAACUCAGCAAUCAACCUGCAUAUUAUGUUUUAAUAAACAUUAAUUGAAAAGUAAACAUAAAAGUAACUAAUUUACAAGUUACACUUGCAAAAAAUGAUUAAAAAUUAUUAAAAACACCUAGAUACCGAUAGAAAAUCUUUGUGUGCAUGAUGAUGAAAUGAAGGAGUUGCACUAUUGAAUUCAAAGGUCAUCUACAUAUAAGUUGUUUUGAGACUCAAAUUAAUCAUUGAACUUUUGUCCAUUAUAACAAUUUGAGAAACGUUAUCAUAAUGCUUAACCUUUGCAGUCAUUGAAGGUUUCUCUUCAAAGAAUCUUUGUUGAUUAAAAACGGAAAAUAAUGGCAUGUGAUAUGUUGUGACACCAUUAUUGUUGAAAUGUGGGAGAUUGCCUCUUGAUGAAUUGUACCGGUGUGUGUAAUCAGCAUAAUCAUAGUGCACAAAGCUUAUUUUUCUAUGACUUGCCAUUGUUCUCUAAAAAUUUAAUGUGAUAGGUAAGUUGAUUAUUAAUACAUGUGUUUUGACUGAGUAAGGCAAUUGGUAUGUAUAUUGUUCACAUAUCAAUUAACUUACGCAGUGGAAACACAUGUAUUAGUAAUCAACUUAUUUAUCAUAUGAAUUUUUUAUAGAUCAAUGUGAAGUCACAAAAUAAUAAGCAAUGUGCACUAUGAUUAUGUUGAUUAUACACAUGGGUAUAAUUUAUUAAGAAGCAAUCUCCCAAAGUUCGAUAAUAAUGAUGUCACUACCUAUCACAUGCCACUACUUUAUGUUUUUAAUCAACAAAGAUUUUUUGGAGAGAAACCAUCAAUGACAACAAAGGCUGAGCAUUAUAAUGACGCCUCUCAAAGUGUUAUAAUGGACAGAAGAUCAAUGAUUAAUUUGAGUCAUAAAACAACGUAUCUGUUGAUGACCUUUGAAUCCAAUGGUGCAACUCCUUCAUUUCAUCGUCACGCGCACAAAGAAUUUCUAACAGUAUCUAAGUAUUUUUAAUCAUUUUUUAGCAAGUUUGACUUGUAAUUUAAUUACUUUUAUAUUUAUUUUUCAAGUAAUGUUUAUUGAAACAUAAUAUGCAGGUUGAUUGUUGAGUUUCUUAUCUACUCUUACAAGUACCAGAGAUUUUCCUGGGGAAUUGUUCAGCUCAAUUUACGUUGACGAGUAUGAUGAGCUUUUUUUAUAGCACCAAUGAUUUCUAAUAUAGUCUAUUCUAAUUUUGAUUGACCUAAAUUGAUGAUACAUAUCACAAUUCCAGAAUGAAUCUAAGUCAUUUAAAACUUAAUUCCUAAUAGGCCCUUUUAAAUUUGGACUUAUGUAGCAUAGUGUCAAGAUGUAUAAUGCUCUCUUCUAUGCCAAAGUUUUUGUCUCUCUGCAUUCUUUUGAAAGAAGCUGUGUUGGGAGACAUUAACCUUGAUCAAUUUGAAAUAGCCAAUUGUCUACUUUUGUAAGUACUUCUCACCCUUUAGUUCAAAUAAGAUGUACUCCCUUUUUAGAUGUAUUAAUUUAUUUGUGAUCGUAGUGAUUCUUUUUUGUAUCCACAGAGAGUGGUGGAGCGAAAAAUACACCUACCAUAGCUGAAGUUAUAGCAGCCACACACAUCAAAGGGUAAUGUUUAGUUCAUCAUUAUGUCAAACACUUUUUUUCCCUAAAAAAAGUUUAACACUUUUUUAAUCCCUAAUUGACCUUGAUUUAUUCCAUAAUGAAUUGAAUGAUAAUGGGCACGUGGCUUAAGAUAUUAAAUCCUAGCAUAGAAGAUGGCAUUACACUUUCUAUCAUUGUGCCACAAAAGACAUAGCUUAAAAUGACUUGUAGGAAUUAAAAAUCUCUUCUGGAAUUGAAAUUUUGAAGCUUGAGCUUUGGAAUCUUGUAUGUCUUUCCGGUGGAUUUUUAAAAUGUGCAUAAGGUGUAACAAGUCUACCUAAUGCGGAUUCUGAACGUUUACAUCUAUAUAAAAUUUCAUGGUAAAAACACAAAUAUAACAAAAACCACAUUAAGAAUCAAAAUCUAAUUUUUCUAAUUCAAAAUUAUCCUUUUUAUGAAUGUAACGUUUUUUAUUCAAAUUGCCCUCUAUGAUUGGAACGAGAACUCCAUUAUCAAUUGCAACCAUAGUAGUCAAUGGCUAGAUAUGGCGCGCGUCAUAUGCGCCAUCACCAUGAAAGUGUUGUCGUCAGCAUAGCACCGUAUACGCUAUUUGCGCCAUUUGUAUAUGCGCAUCCCCAUGUGUCAUGAAAAAUGUCUUUGAGCUAUGACAACUAUGAUUGCAACACAAAAAGAUAACAUGGAAUUCAUACUUCUUUGUUGGAGAAGGAGGUUCCUUAGCAUCUGCUGUAUCGACUAAGGUACACACGAUUCAUCAUCUAGAUGCUGAUAGCUAACAGGGAGUAUGCAUACAGAAUUUGAGGGCACUCAACGGUGGAUUCUGAGAAGUCACCGUUAAAAGACAACUCUUUGAAUUUUAAAUUGUUGUCUUCAUCCAACUAACAUACUGCCCCCGAAGUCACCGUUAAAAGACAACUCUUUGAAUUUUAAAUUGUUGUCUUCAUCCAACUAACAUACUACCCCCGUCCCGUUUUAUUUUAGUCAUCUUCAACUUUUUCAGUCAAAGAUGGUAAACUUUGAUUCAUUAUUUUAACUAAUAUAUUUAUAUGGAACUUAAUAAAUUUAUACUUUUAUGAUAGUAUUUUUAACAAAACAUUUUCAUAUUAUCAAUACUACUGUAUAGAAAUAUAUAUGUAAGGUCGAAGUUUAACAUCCUUGACUAGAAAAGUCAAAUAUGAGUAAAUCAAAAGGGACGGAGGGAAUAUUCUAGGAGACUUACCGCCAAAGAAGUAUAGAAAGCGAUUUACAUGAGUGCAUCUAGCUUCUUUUAAAACCGAUUUGAAAUAAGAGAGACAAUAUCAUGAACCUCAUGAUCGGUGAACAUACAAUCACCCUUGAUGAUAAAACAUAUGUCUAUAGUCUUUCCUAUGCUUUGGUAGGCAUGUAUGAGCAUGGAAACAUUUACAUCAUCUUCUCUCAUUUACCUAUACAUUUCUUCAUAUUCUUCCCCUUCAAUAGACCAAAUUUAUUAUUUAACCCCCACUACUUGAAAAGGUCAUAUGUCAAAAUUGGUAAACCCUAUGUUUAUUUAACAUCAGCACUGCUGUCAAUGCUCUAAAUGUCCCUAGGCGCCUAGGCGGGAUCAGUCGGAGACAUCGAAAUGAUAACUUUAUCAAUGUUUAUGCAUAAAUGAUUAGUAAUGUUGUGUUUGUUUGUGUAUAAAAAACAUACACAUACACAUUAACAUGCAUGAAUGAUAGAGUUGUCUCAUUUAAUAAUAUAUUAUACCUACUACUUAACUUCAUUAUGUACGUUUAAAAGUCAUGUGUAUAAGGGAUCUAGGGAGAGUGGCGGCCGCAGCUAGGUUUUAGUCUGCGUUUAGGUUGGGGUCGGCGAUUUCCCAAUCGCUCGACGUUUUUUGUUACGCAGUGAGGAGAAGGCGACGAGCCUUCAUCAAGUCUGCAGGGGUCUUGCGCAGAACGUACAACAACCUUCGAGCGUGCAAAGGAGGAAUAACUGUUUGUUAGAUCAGGGAGUGUGAGACGGCAAAGAAAAGUUUGGGGAUACUUUCAAUUUGCAGCGAGCGUGGCCUCAGAUUACAGAGGGGCUGCGCUGAUUCUUAGGAUUGAGGCUGAAAAUACCUACGGAUCUAUCUUUGUUUUCCAAUUUGGCAACAAUGGCUUUAAAUGGUUUCGUGGACGGUGGAUCUGGAUCAGCUAGGGGUGUGAAACCCAAAUUUCCAAUACUUGGAUUAGCUAUUCUGGUUGUGAUGGUGAUUGAGAUGGGAGUUGUACCAGCUGUGUUUAAUCCGGGUGGGACGCUGAUUGUAUGGGUCCCACUUAAAGGGAGGGAACUUGGGUUCCAAUCAGCUAUUGGGGGAUCGGUACGGUGGUUUUCUUGGCCGCCUAGGGCAGUGGAGGAAGAAGAUGGUAUGUGAAAGGUUCGUCCCCCUCCCAAACCGCCGCCAUUGAGGAAGGGUGUGGCUAGGUUCUGGAGUACGAUGCUUGGAGAAUGGACUCUGUUGUUUCACCAGAUGAAGUUUAGUUACUUUUACUAUGUUCUGCUUACUUAUCUUUAUUUUGUUUUUAGUAGAUCUAAUAUUAAGGGAGACAGGUUCUUAGUUUGCUUUAUCUUAAUUGCUAGUUUUCUGGUGAGAGGCAAUCAGGCUGAUGCAGCUGUUAAUAGCCUCAAAGCUCUCACUUUUUCAGCGAUUAGUCUCGCUCCUUUUGGGGUGGACUAUUCUAUAUUUGAUAAAGAAGUGAAGGGGCAGAUGGGCUUAUGGUUAGGUUGGUUUAGAAGGAGGUUAGCUUUGGAUGAUUACUUUACGAUUUGCAAUUUUCCCAUGUUACUGCGAGUUGAUUUAAUAUAAUAUGUCGAUUUUCCUUUAAAAAAAAACUUCAUUAUGUAAUAAAUAAUAUUCUCUCCGUCCCAUUUAAAGGUUCUCACUUUCCUUUUUUGUAAGGCCCACUUAAUGGUUCCCACUUUCUAUUUUAAGAAACAUUUAACAUUCUUAAAUAACAAUUUAAUCAUCAAAUAUUAAAAAUAAUACAUUUAUAACAUUACCAUUAUCAUCAAUAACUCAUUAUAUUAUAUACUCAUCAAAAUUAUUUCUCAAAAUAUAUUUGAAUUAGCAUAUUGAAUUAUUGUUUAAAUAAUCGUGUCAUUUUGCCAUGAGAACCUUUUAACGGGACGGAGGUAGUAUUGAAUAAUAAUAACACUUAACAUUAUAUAUAAAUAUGUAUAGUUUCUAUCUUAGUUUACAACUAAUAGCUUUCUUUUUAUGUGUUGUUAAAGUUGAAGGUACAUAUAUCCCCUAGAAUACUAAAAUAAAAAAGCAAAAUAAAAUGUUUGACGAAUCUAGACGCCUUAGGCGGUCGAUUAAGCGCUCUAGUGGGCAACUAGGUGACCUAGUUGGCCGAUUAAUUCACUUAAGUACCACAUCAGUUAAUCAUGUAGAUUAUAGGCCAAAUUAGUUUCACUUUCAGCAAGUUCUAGAUUUAAUUCUUUUUUUAUACCAGAUUCAAUUCUUUAUUUACUAAAGGUGAAUCAUUUGAAUGAAUAUCUUAAAUACUCUCAGUAAUCCAAAUUUGGGUACACUACCGAAAUACCUUUUCACCCUUAAUCGUAAAAUUUCAAAGAAAAAAAAAACACAUUCAGAAAUACAUAAAUUUAUUAAUUUAAUCUUAACAUUCAAAAGAAAUUUUAUAAUUAAUUCAAAAAAAAUUUUAAUAAGAAUUGGUUGAGGUCUCAAGGGAGAUACACAUAUGACAAUAGAUUUGUUGUGGUAUCAGAUUUGCAAUUGGAAGGGGUUUAAAAAUUGGACCAAAAGGACAUCAUUUGGAGUUUUAAAAUAAAAAGUUUUAAAAAUAGAAAUAACAGCCACGAGGGGGAGUCGAACCCAGCAUGUCAUGCACAAGGGAAGAUUUCCACCCACUCAUGAUACCAUUACUCCGUUGCACCAAUAUGGUUUCUAACUCGAUAUCUUUGACAUAUUUAUGUAAUUUAUACAGGUAAUUUUGUAAAAUAUAUGUAAUAUAUAUAGGUAAAUUUUUCAAAGACCACGGGGUCCUGGGACCCCAUGGGACCCUUAGUGGGUCCGCCAUUGCGAGCAACACCGCCUCGCACCUCCUUUUGCUGGUAAGGAUCAGAUCGGUGGGUGACAGAGAUCAAAUUCUUUUUGCUUCUAUAGAGGAGAGUUAGUGACGUUUGGGAUGUACUGGCAGGCCGGCUGGUUGAUUUUGAGACACUAUAUUCAGCUGCUCUAGCUAAACACUGCUCACAAAAGUAGGAGUAAAUAGGUUUUGGAAUUCCAAAAUAGGACUACUAUGUUUUUCUUCCUGAAAUAGGAGUAACAUGAUUGCCAUCUUUUAGUCAUUACUAUAAUGAAUGACAAUACUUUUCAAUCAUAGCGGUAAUGACUCCUAUUUCGGGAAGGAAAACAUAAAAGUCUUAUUUUGGAAUUCUAAAACCUAUUUAGUCCUAUUUAGGACAAUUUCCCUUAUUCGAUCUAUACUACAUACGAGUCUCUAUUUAUCCAUCUGUUCUCUUACUCUUCCUAUACCACGUUUCUUCAGUUUUUUGGAUGGGUGUUUUAUGCAUAUAAAUUGUCAUUUUCCAAUUGUUUAUCACAUUGAACUUGUGUAAUGUAUUUUUGUAUUUUAAAUUACGUAGUAUUUGUUUGCAAAUGAACCCUUCAAAUGUAAUUGAUCUCCAUAGAUAGUGCUGCUGCAGAUAUACUACAGGGUACCACCCGUUUUGGAACAGUGGUAUUCAAGGUUCGUUGGGUUUUGACUUGCUAAAAAAAUAGCAUGUACUUGUAUGAAUUACCAAGUUUAAGAUUUACUUCAGUCAUUAUCAUUUCAAGUAGUUAUCCAAACUUUGUUAAGGUGUUUCAAAGUUUGUUAUUUUAAUUUUUCAUUCGAGAUUUCAGAAAAACUGCUAAAAGUUCGGAACAAGAUGAUGUUAAGAGACCAUUGUUUGGAAAACUAUACACACACGGCCUUCAUAAGUUAUUGGAUUCAAUAGGUUGUUGGAAGAUCAUGUGGUAUUAUUUAUUCUCAGUUUAUUUUUUCUAUUUGUCCCAUUUAUUUCACUCUUUUACACUCAUGUUAACUAAUCUUCUAAAUUUUCUAUGACUAUCUGUUGACCAUUGAUCUUAGCUAGUCUAUGCAAAAAAAAAAAACUUAACAUGUUUGUUUAGAUACUUUAGGAGUUUAGGUCCUUGUUACUGGAAGAGAAGACUCAGAUAUGCCCACAUCCCCUCCAAUAAAUGGAACACAAUCUUUAAAUGCAUUCCAAGAUUGGAUUAAGCUGCUUCCAUAGCUGCUUUCUGCUCUAUUAAAUUGUUGGUGGCUGCUUCGCAAGCGGCUCACUUGAUAGGGAAGCAAGGGUCCACUAUUUAAUCAAUUCAAGAAAGUUCUAGUGCAUCACUUGAACCGCAACAAAUAGUUAAUUAUAACUACAGCCAUAGUUGUCAUGGCGCAUGGCGAUGGCACAUAUGGCGCUAUGGCGACGACUACUUUUUCAUGGCAAUGAUGAAUAUGGCGCACACCAUUUCUCGCCAUUGACUACUAUGACUGCACCCAGAAACGCCAGACGGAUGGACCUCAUCGCCACUCACCGAACGCACAACUUCGCCGCCUGGACGAUUGGAUUUUGUUCCCCUUCGAUGGCAAUCCUCGGUUCCUCAAGAGCUCGCCCUUGCCCUAGCUGACUGAUGGAUCGAGUUGGUGAGUCCUUAACUUCUCCUUGAGAUUUCCGGUCGACAAACGGAGACACUAGCCGACGUAAUUCUCAGAUAAAAAUGAUUUUUGCAUACUGUAUAUGUCAUUAUUUUUACAGUGCAUUUUUCUAAUGCCAACCAACUGUUUGUAAAAAAGCCUCGGUGAAAGGAAUAGCUUAUGAGGUAGUCGCCAAAGGCAUUCUGAAGGUUUACAGUUUACCCCACUUUUUCAGUUUGGCAAAAACCAAGGCCAAAUUUUCAGCGGGGUUUCCCUAGAAAGUGUUUGAAUAAUAUUGAGAGGUACUAUUCAGGAGAAGAAUUCAUAAGAGAUGGGAUCAAGCAUGUCAAGGUUGUACACAAUAAGGACCAUCCAAAACCUAUAAAGUUACUUGCAAGCAAGCCCCGUCGUUUAGCAUAUGCUGCAACACCCUUGCAAUGUUUUUGGAAUCGUCUAUUCCAAGAUGGUGACUGCCUAAAAGGGGAAUAUUCAGUUCCCUCAUCAUGGAAAGCAUCCCUGGGGCCUGCAGUCCCACAAAACAAAAGCAAGCUGAGGUUAACCAUUAAUAAAAAAUGCAUCAAUUAGAGGGUGGAACUAAAAAAGAGCUCCAAUAUAUAUGCUGACCCUUCGCUUAUAGAAGUUUAGAUAUAUGUCCUUCAGAUUGAUCCAUUCCAUAAAAUAUGGCGGAAGCUUCAUCUUUGAUACUUUGCACUGCUGCGGAACUUUUGUUUUCAAAUCCCAAUUCCCACUGUUACAGGCCAUUCAUAAGUUUGAUAUCAGUAAUUCCUUUCCAUGAUUUUGUGUUUCAUGAGAAAAUCAAUAUGAAAAGCAUCUCGAAACAACAGUGCAACAUAUCAAAUCCACAUCUGAUACACUUGCAUAUGGAGCAUAAGUAGACAAACCAGAAGGCAAAAAGAUUCCAAGAAUGCUCUAGAACCAAAGAUAUUUAGGGAGUGUUUGCAAUUGCUUCAACUUUAAAAAAGUGAUUUUUUAAAGUGAUUUGGGGAAAAGUGAUUAAUAGUAAAAGUUGGUAGUGUUUGAGGAAAAAGUGAUUCUGAAAAAGUAAAAGUUGGUAGUGUUUGGUAAAAUAAGUACUUUUUGUGUAAUAGAAAAAGUGAAAAGCAGUUUAAAGCACCCUUCCACCUGCUUCCAGCUUUUAGCUUUUAAGUGAUUAAUUUAAGCAGAAGCUGUCAUUUGAAAACACUCUUUUUAACUUUUUUUAAGCCAAAAGCUGAAAAGUGCUUUUUUUAAUCAACUGCAAACACUCCUUUAGUCAUGGCUCCAUAGCCAGUGACUAGACUAAGAGAGUCAUCUAUUGCCUGAAAAGAUUAUUUGAAAAAAACACUAUCUCUUAUCACCAUGUGUCUAUUAACAUUUUUUAUCUUUUACAUUUAAAGAGUUAUCCUUUAUAUUUAAAUUAAGGAUCAGAAAAUCUUGAGAGUGCUUUUCUAGUUUUGUCUUCUCAUUUUAGGUGACUUACCAGGUCACAAAUGCAGCCUUAUUUAGGCAGCCACCCCCCUCCUUUUGCCACAAUUCAUUCUUAGCUAGCCAAGUUUCAAAUUGCUUGAUAACUUCUCCUAAAGGGAUAGCCGUAUCAUGCCAAACCCUGGAAGAGUGUAAGCACACCGAAAUCAGCACAUUAGACACCAUCCUGGAACUUAGAAAUGGAUUAUGCCUGGACUAGAACCAAAAUAUAGAGGAUUGAGUCCAAAAGAUAAAAAGAAUAACUCUUCAUCACUGGAUUCUAAAUUUUUGUCCUUUUUGUUUUGAGACUUUAUUUCAUUAGAAUGUGUUUGGCUAAGGACUUUGGCUCUCGAAAUGCUAUCUCAAGUUAAACUCAUCCCGCAUUACCUGUUGGGAGGAGUAUUUUGUGAGUGAUUUACAAGCACAAAAUUUAAAGUAAUGCAAUGAACUGUAGCCUUUUCAAUUAUAGCACCUCGUGUUUGUUAUUUUCUUGUUUCAACCAUUUUGCAUGAUCUAAAAGGUUAAUUUUUUUAUAUACUACGUAGUUUACAUUGAUGUUUUACAAAACAGUUACCCACAAAAUUAAUUUAGACUUUUAAAGCAACCCUGUUUUCAAAUCAAAGCACGUUUUGAAGAUACAGUGUUUUUAAAUAACAAAGAAAGUUUUAAAAUCAUCAAAUCAAAUUACGUUUUGAAAACAUAGUGUUUCUAAAGAAGAAGAAAAAAAAUAAUAGUAUCACUUACCCUAAACAGGCAACAGCCUACUAGUAACAAAAUCGCUUUACACCACCUAAUCCAAAUUUAUUAACCAUUAAAGACAAGUUAUGUAAUCUUAGUGUGUAUGAUUGUGCAUAGAAAAUACACUGAAGGGAAAUUGCCCUAAAUAGGACUCUAACGUUUUGUAUCCCAAAAUAAGACUAUUAUGUUUUUAUUUUCUAAAUAAGAGUAAUUACUGCCAUGUUUUGGCAAUACCAAACUUUAAACUUGGCAGUAUUUUCCAAGUUUGGUAGUAACUACACCAAUUUAGGGAAUAAAAACAAAGAAGUACUAUUUUGAAAUUUUCAAACGUUUUUAUUCCUAUUUUGAGAAUUUUCCCUACAUUGAAAGCUACAAAAAGAAGUGAACAACAUUAUACUACGGUAGAAAGGAAAGCCAAAAUCAUACCUGUCAACCCCAAUUUUCCCAUACUUUCCUUCUAUAUAUUCAUUUAUUCUUUGCUCGCUCAUUUUUGAAGGCCGGACAAACCUGUACAAAUAUUUGUGAAAAAAACAAAAGAGCAUAUGAUUGAAAUGUAUUCUCUCUGCACCCAAUUAUUGUUUUGACAUGAAACAAACUCAAGUAGCCUGGAAACACAAACUCACAAAGUAAUAUGGCCACUUUUUUAUACAGAGUCACCUCACAUGUAAAAGACUAUAAUUGUUGGUUUGUGUUUUAAAUUUGUCUCAUUGGGAUGACCAGACCCUCCAGGUUAUAUUCAUACUCCCUCCAUAACAUAGAAAUCUUCCCACUUUCCUUUUUCGUCCGUAACAAAAAAAUCUUCUCAUUUCUAAAUCUUCCCAUCAUACCCUCAAUAAUUCUGAAAAUAAUACAUAUUACAACUACUUUUUUUUGGAUUUAUCCCACAUUAUAUCACAUUAUUUUACUAUCUUCUCAUCAUAACCUCAAUAAUUCAUAUCCUCUUUCACUAUUCUUAAUCUACCUACUUUUGAAAUGAGAAGAUUUUUAAGUUACGGAGGUAGUAUGUUUUAUGUCUGACCUGAAAGAUGUAAUUUCUUUCUCAGUCCACUUAGAGCUUCCUUUCGUGCCUUGACGGCCUUGUUAAGUUUCUAUUCAUAUAGAAUUGUAGCCGUUUCAAUUUUUGUAUCAUUUUUAUCUACUAGACUAGUGUAACACCCGGGGCAUGCCCCGGUAGUGUUAAUUUGAUAUGACUGAGGUGACAAAUGCUAAUAAACAUUGUGAGCUAUUAAUAGGAUAUCAUCAAAAUUUUGUCAAUAACCGAUUUCUUUUAUUAACUAACCACCAUAAAUAUAAUUAUAAUUACAAUUAUAAGUAUAAUUAUAAUAUCAUUUUAUUAUCAUUAUAAUUAUCUUUAUAUUUAUAAUUACGAUCAUCAUAAUAAUAAGCUUUAUCAAUAUUAUUAUAAUAUGUAGUAUUGCUAUUAUAAUAUGAUUAUAGAUACCAACAACCUACACUUUAUAAUAAUAGUCACUUAUAAAUACUGUUAACAAUAAAAAUACAUUAAGAAUAUAAUUAAAUAAUAUUAAUAUCAUUGACAAUAACCUUAGUAAUAAUAUAUGAUGCUUUAUGAAUAACAAUAGCAUACAAAUAAUGAUUAUAAUAAUAAGAGUAGUAUUCAUAAUUAAUUUCAAUGGAAGCAACCUACAAUAAUAACCUACAAAAAUAUUUAGAUCAGAUCGGAAUCAUCAUAAUAGUAAAAAUAAUUUAUGUCUUAACAUUUCUGAUUUGAAUAGAGUGUUUCUGGUAUGAUUUAAACUUUUCUGAUUUAAAUGUUUUGGUCUAAUCUGAUUGACUUUUUAUCUGAUCUGGUCUGAAUAAAGUAAGAAUAAGUAAUACGCAGUACGUAAACAAUAAGAAUAAGAAUAGGAGUACCAGAAUAACUUCUAAGGAUAUGUUUUUACGUUUUUCUCCUACUUUUUCUCAAGACUUUUGCAUUAGGCAUUCUAUCUCCGUUACGAACUAAUCAAAUCUUUUAAUGUGUGUAGUCUACAUAAUGUCAAGUGUUAGUUAUUUAACAUUUUUUCUCCGACUUCUUUUCACCCUUUUUCAUUAUAGUUGUUCCAUCUCCUUUUUGUUUGGAACUAAUUAAAUGCAUAAUAAUAUGAAAAUAGAAAUUUUGUUAGCCAAUAACAGAGUGACAUGUCAGCAGUUUGGGGAUCAUGUUUUACUAAAUAAAAGAAUAAAUUUAAAUAUUUAAUGAAAAUUGGAUCCUUAUAUGUGUCACGACUAUUGUGCAAAUGUGCACUUCUCAUAAUGCACACCCAAACUCAAAUUUUACUAUAGAUUUGAUAUAUAAUAGAUUUAUAGCUCAAUGUUUACAAUAGUUUUUUUCUUAUAUGUGGAAUUUGGUGUCAUAUGCAAGAUAAUAAUUUUUUAUAUUUUUUUUGUAAAACUUGGAGUGAUGCACAGAAUGAGUUGGCUGGAUUAAAAUGAAUAGUAGUGAUGCACCGAGUGAAUAACAGUAAUGCAUUGAGUGAAUAACAGUGAUGCACCACGUGAACACAGAUUAAUUAAAUGAUUUAGCAAGAGUGGUAAUGGAAUAUUUCGUAACAAAUAAAAGACUCACACAUCAUUAAUUUAUUAUUAUAUAAAAAUAAUAAUUAUUUAUUUUUAUAUAUGCAAUAUUGGUGUCAUAUAAGAGAUUAUAAAACUUAUGAAUAUUGAAACAUUUUUUUAUAAAAAACGGAGUAGCAAAAAAUAUUAUCUUCCCCUUUCUUUAAAUAAGUCGGCAUGAUUAAAGUGAAUAACACUGACGCACCGAGUAAAAAUAGUAGUGAAGCACCAGCCGGCCGAGCGACAAUAGAAUUUUUAUUAACUACUAACAAUCUCAAACAUUACUGAUUUAUAACUCAUUUUUAUUAUAUAUAAAAUACUGAUUUUAUUUUUAUAUAUGCGAUAUUGAUGAUAUAUUUUUUGUAAAAAUUGGAUUAUAAAUAUAAAAGUUAUUUCACUUCGAAAAAAGAGAGAUAUUUUCUCCUUUGCUUCUCUUGCUCCAAAUCAGCCGUGAAUCGCAUGAUGCAUCAUUUGAGGGAGUUAAUUAAUUGUUUUAAUUGUAGCGAUAAUAGAAUUUGUAUUAUUCACACAUCAUUGAUUUUUAACUUAGUUUUACUUCAUAAAACUGAAAUCAAUAAGAGAGUGAUACAUCACUAUUUCACAACUCAAAAUUUAGGAUGUUUUUGAUUGGGUUGUUUUCAAUUUCAGAUCAUAUCAGACCAAACUUGAACAAUUAUAAAAUACACAUAUAUCUGAUGUUUAUCAGAUCAGAACUGAUCAGUUUAAACCAGAUUAGAUCGGUCAAGAAAAUUUUAAGGGAAAAUUAUGAUUAACUCCUUCUAGUUUGAUCAUAAUUAUUAGUUCAACCUUAUAUUUUUAAAAGUCAACUAUUUACACCCUCAGCUACGAUUAAUGUUGUAAUCUCCCCCUUCUAUCAACAUUUUCAUCAAAUGCCUAUUUCUUUGACUAAAAUACCCUUGUUUAGGGAUUAUUUGUUAAAUCCUCUCAUCUCCAUAUUUUUUUUCAAAUUAGUGGGUCCGGUCCAGUCUAGUAUCGUGACUAUUGAAACGGUUCAGUUUGAUCUUAGACCUAAACCCGUUCAGUACGGUUCUAUUUUCAAUCGGGACGGUACCAUAUCAUAAUAAAUAUCAAACAAUGUCACUUUUUCAAGUGUUUAAGUGGAAGUUAAAGUUUAGCCAUCCUAUAAAAAUUCACAUAAUUUAUCAAUUUUUAUACUUCGUACAUAGUAUUACAUAAUUAUUAAAUUUCAGAUAAACUAUAGUAGUACAAAUUUUACCCGGUCAUGACAUUGUUUAGAACCGGUACAGUCUGGUUCGCAACAAAAAAAAAGUUGAGAUCUCUUUCAAGUCCCGUUUUUCGGUCCAGUACCAUAUCGGUCUGGUUUGACACCAUGCCAGUUUGGUAUUUUUGCCCACCCUUACUUCAAAUACACAGCCGAGUGAAUUUUCCUUUGAUGUACGAAUGAGACUGCGACUGAGAAUUGAAAUUGGAGCAGAAAGGAAGAAAAAAGGAAAGGCACAAAGCACUUUCAAGUGUGCUCCAAUGAUGCUUUGAAUAACAUUAAUUUUUUGUUCGAAUACUUUUGGAGUAAGCCUGGAAACUUUGAUUUGAUGUACUCUUAGUUUAUACCACUCCUUAGUUUAGUUUAAUAUAUAAGGACAUUUUUUGGGAAUUCCACUUACAAUUAACGGUCAAGCAACUUAGAUUUAACAAAAGGGGGAUAUUCUAACUUUAGUAAAAGCUUAAGGGUUAAAUAAUUCAGUUCUAAAAAUAUAAGGUUGAUUUAAUAAUUAUCACCUAACCUCAAGGGGUAAUCAUUAUUUUCCCAAAUUUUAAACAUCCUCCAAAAAAACCAUCCUGAUAGAAAAGAUUUUUUUUAAUCAUUCCUAAUAGAAAAGAUUGAAUAAUGACGUAGCAUUUUAUUUCUUACGUACCUAUUAAUUAGCCAUCAAGAGUGAGCUAUUUAAUCGUACUUGGUUUUUCAUGAAUUCUACCUACUUAACCGGGACGUGUCAAUUUUUUUUUUUUACCUAUUAAUUAGCCAUGAAAAGAGGAGAUAUUUAAUGGUUAAUUAAAUGUGAUGUGAUUAACCGUGAAGUAACUCGCAGGGGCGGAACCAGGGGGAGCGAGCCGGUGCCGGCGCCACCCCUUCGCCGGAAGUGAUUAGGUAUAUUUAGGUAUAUGUCCUGAGCCUCCCCGGGUCGUCUUCUACCUUUCCCGUUCUGCACCGGCUUGGGAGCUCUGCGCAUCGACUAUAAAAUUGGAAAACAUGACAUGAGCCAGCCGGGGAGGAUUAGCUUACUUGGGGAAUAGUGCGCUCUUGGUGGUUGGCGAGCGAGCGAUGGAUCAAAAUCAUCGAACGAGAAGGCUGUCGAAUUGGAGAUUGGCGAGUAAAGAUGCAGGUCGCAGGGGAGUGUUGAGACAGGCAACGAUAAAGUGAGGAGGCACAUGGCUCCAUGCAGUGGCGUACCCAAGGUAGUCAAAGGCGUUAGGCACACUCAAGGCGACAAGGCACCGACUAGUGAGUAGGCCAUGCAGCGGAGGAGUGAUGCCAUGCUCAAUCGACCAUAGACGGCUAGACAAUCAUGUUUGAGUUUAUUCCAAAAUUGGUCCGACUUGAAGAAUUGUAGGUCGGCUUCGAGAGCGAGCGUUCAAAAUCUUUUGUGAGGCAAGGAGAUUCUGCUAGAGCAGCAUCAGGGACAGAUGAUAGGAUUUUCAGCGUCGCGACCACAGUACUCCGUGAAUUCAUCAAACAUCGUUCAGUUCUCCUUGUGUCUGGUCAUCAUUUGUCCGACAUCCAUCCAGGGGAACGAGCACUGGGAUAUUGCGGCCUCAGAGUAGAGAGCGGUGCAUACCUCGUCUCCGGUGGGCAGGUUUGGCGGCCACUUUUGCAUGGAAGCAAGCCCGAGCAGAUGUCCUACGAAGCUGGAAACUGCUGGACGACAUACCAGGGACACUGUGUUUUCCUCAUACCAUAUAGGUCUCUGACUGAUGAUGUCCAGGAGGAAAGAAUAUGGGAGUCCAAUUGUAUCUGCCUCUGCAAUUGCUGAUACCAUAAAGUCACGGACAGAAGCACUAUUAAGAAGAACUAAGGAUGCGGUGUCAUCGAAAUCCAUUAUCAUGAGAGUAGAAUAUGCACUGUCCUAACCUUACCAUUAUUGAUACACCAGGAUUUGUUCUAAAGGCAAAGAAGGGUGAACAUGAUAACACACCUGAUGAAAUUCUAUCAAUGGUGAACCUGAUAAGCAUCCAAUUUAUACUGGGUGCCUCCAGAUUAAAAUUUAUUCCUCCUUUCCUCGCGGGCCGUCGGUUGAUUUUAUCCCGGCCGCCAUCCCCAACGAUAUACUACAGGGUACCACGGUACCACCCUUUUUGGAACAGUGGCAUUCAAGGUUCGUUGGGUUUUGACUUGCUAAAAAAUAGUAUGUACUUGUAUGAAUUUCCAAGUUGUAGAUUUACUUCAGUCAUUAAUAUUUCGAGUAGUUAUCCAAACUUUGUUAAGGUGUUUCAAAGUUUGUUAUUUUAAUUUUUUGUUUGAGAAUUCAGAAAAACUGCUAAAAGUUCGGAACAAGAUGAUGUUAACAGACCAUUGUUUGGAAAACUAUACACACACGGCCUUCAUAAGUUAUUGGAUUCAAUAGGUUGUUGGAAGAUUAUGUGGUCUUAGCUAGUCUAUGCACAAAAAAAACUUAACAUGUUAGUUUAGAUACUUUAGGUCCUUAUUACUGGAAGAGAAGACUCAGAUAUGCCCACAUCCGCUCCAAUGGAUGAUGGAACACAAUCGUCAAACGCAUUCCGAGAUUGGAUUCAGCUGCUUCCAUAGCUGCUUUCUGCUCUAUUAAAUUAUUGGUGGCUGCUUCGCAAGCUGCUCACUUUAAUCAAUUCAAGAAAGUUGUGGUGCAUCACUUGAACCGCAUCAAAUAGUUAAUAAUAUCUACGGCCAUAAUUGUCAUGGUGCAUGGCGAAGGCGCAUAUGGCACAUUUGCUAUGGCAACGACCACUUUUUCAUGGCAAUGACGAAUAUGGCGCACAGCCGCACACCAUAUCUCGCCAUUGACUGCUAUGACUGCAGUAAAUAAUACUCUUCCUAUUACAAAAAUGCUAUUGUUACACACUUUUC